CUGUUUGCGCAUGCCCGAUAGAAAGAAAAUGGCGUGGCCUAGGAUAAUUUUCUUAUAAGGAAAGCUAAAUUCUGCAAUACCUAGACAUUGCGCAGUGAGAGUGAAUCAAGAUGUCGGAGAUAGAACAAACCCAGGUGGAGGAGAUGACAAUAGAUUCAUCAGAAUCAAUAACCAUUGAACAAGCUCAAGAAGAAGUAAUGGAAGAAUCACGAGUUACAACCAUUGACGGAUCUCAAGAUAUGUCUAUGGAUGGAGCACAAGUUACAACCAUAGAUGGAUCUCGAGUUAUAACUAUGGAUGGAGCCCAAAUUACAGCAAUGAAUGGACCCAAAGUUACAACCAUUGAUGGAUCUCAAGUGACAACCAUGAAUAGCGCCCAAGUAACAGCUGUGGAUGGAGCUCAAGUAACAGCCAUCAAUGAUUCAGAACUAGGUGUGCAUACUGCACAGGUUGUUGAUACAGACGGUUACAUUACUACAAUACUUGUUGAGGAAGGUGCUACCAUAAUAACCACAGAAGAUGGUGACCAGGAAGAAGGGGAAUGUGAUGUUUGCGGUGGUAACCAUGCCACAGAAGAAUGCCCCGAGAUUAGUCUUGUUGAUGCAGAGACUCAGAAAAAAUUAAUGUCAAAGGCAAAAAUGACACUACCACAUAACUUGGUGUGGAAUCUGCAUGAAGAUGGGAAUAUUGGUGUACAUGCCUCAGAACUGAUCCAGACCAAAACAAGAUUUGGUCCAUAUGAAUCAAGGAGAACCACAAUGGAUAUUAUAGCUGAAAAUGGCAUGGUGUUCAAGAUCUUCAAUAAGGAUGGUACAAGUAUCUCGUUAGAUACAACAGAUGAAAAUAGCUGUAACUGGAUGUGUCUGGUCCAGGCUGCAACAACUUCAUCCGAUCAGAAUGCCAUAGCUUUCCAGAUAGGAUCAGAUAUCUACUUCUCAAACACCAAGAAGCUCUUACCAGGCCAUGAGCUGAAGGUUUGGUAUGCACCUCACUAUGCUAAGAAGCUGGGAAAACCUGCUAUGCCUGACGGAAUAACAUCAGUGCUUCUUGGUCAGCAGAUAGUCUUACCUGAUCUAGCUGAAGAAGACCAUCCUCUACAAAUCUCCAUCUUGUCUGAUGAACUGGAUCCUGAAGGAGAGGCUAACAGGAAAGUCAAAGAGGAAGCUAUGUUGGCAAAAGAGGGAGAUAUUGCAACAAUAACUGCCUUUACCGACUAUUCCAAAGAGAUGAAAAAGCAGAAUAUAGCAUGUUCAAGGUGUGAUGAAUCAUUUGACACUGCAAUCCUAUUGGCUCGUCAUCUGAGAGAAAAGCAUUUGAAGCCAAAAGCUAAGGGAAACAAAGUCCUUCAAUGUAAGGUAUGUAAGAGGAGAUUUGUGGACAAAUUCACCCUGAGUCGACACAUGAAGAUCCAUGGGGAGGGAGUACACUGGCCGUGCAACAUCUGUGGUCUGAAACUCAGUAGGCGAGACGUGCUGAUUGUACAUAUAAAGAGGAAACAUGAUGGACUCUACACUGAGGAAGACUUAGUUAACAUUCAGAAAGAGCCUGAAAUAGGCCCACCAGAUGGUGCUGCGAUUGUUGAGCUCACUGACUCUACUGUCAGAACAAAUGAAAUCACUAAUGAUGGUGACACAUCAGAUGAGGAUAUAGAAGAAGAGCAGAAUAAUGAGCCUGAAUGGCAACCUGAUCCAAAUUUAAUCGCCAAAGAAGAAACACCUGGUGAAACACCAAGCAGAUCAUCACGUCGCAUCAAAGAGCGUAAAGAUCGUGCACCUGGUAUCAACACAGCCUACCCAAGUGAGGACUUUGUUAGAGGACCCGAAGAAUACAGAGCAGUAGUAGAGAAUAUGAAGAAAGAAGCAGAUCCAGAAAAACCCAAGCGCAGUAGAGGUCGUCCUAAAAAGGUUCCUGUACUAGUUGAUAAAGGGAACCUUGCAAUACAGGCGUUGACUGAUGUACUUGAGGGAAAUUCCCCAAAACCUCCUGCAAAGAAGGUUAAGGUAGAUGAAGAUCAGACCGAGAUGAGUAAAGUGGAUGUUCCAGCUCCUGAAGCUGUGAAAAUCAGCUGUGAAAUCAGUGAAAGUGAAGGUAUGACUGCAGAAAGCCUCCAGAAGAUGAGUGACAAUGCCAUUAAGAUCCUGAACCAGAUGACGUAUGAUUUAGAUGAUGAUACUGCAGACCAGCAGAAGGCCAAAGACAUUGAAACUCCAAAAGAAACCACUGACAGCAGUGCCAAUAAGGAAGUGAUGGAAGGUGAUACCAUAGUUGAAAAAGAAAAGGAAACCACUGACAUCUCUGCCAAUAAGGAAGUUCUUGACGAUGAUAGCAUAGUUGAAAAAGAAAAGGUUGUUGAUAAGUCCUUACCUGUAAAGAGGGGAAGAGGAAGACCACCCAAAAAGAAUGGCAAGAAGCAAAAUAAAGCACACAAGGAAUUGCUAGAUAUCCAUCUUAUUGCUGAUAUAAGUGUAGAGAAUGAGACAUUAUCUUAUACUUGUAAACAGUGUGGAGCCAGUGAAAAUAGCACUGAUAUUCUUGCAAUGCAAGAACACUACAACAGUGUGCAUUGUAAGAGAGGAAAACCAAAGUUCCAUUGUGUAGACUGUGGCAAAGACUUCAACAGGCAGUGGAGUUAUGAUCGACAUGAGUGCCUUGCAGUAGAAAAGGGGGAAGAUGGACUGUUUGGAUGUAAAGAAUGCAAGAAAAAGUUUUUCAACGCUGAAUACUUAAGGAGACAUAUGGCUGCACACACUGGUAAAUUCAAAUGUGAUGUAUGCAAUAAGAAAUUUGCAAGAAAAGAAUCAUUAAUAAAACAUAUUUGUUCGGCAGAUAAGAACACAACCACUGGGGUACAAGAAUUAGAUGAAACUGCACUCACUUGUGACAUUUGUGGUCUUGGCUUCUUAAAGGAAGCCAACCUUUAUCGCCACAUGGGAGUGCAUACACAGGACUAUUUAUGUGGAAAAUGUGCACGAGUUUAUUCAAGAAAAGAGGGCUUGAUAAAGCAUCUUCUAAAGUGUAAUCCAGAUCAACUUACCGAGAAAGAAAAGAAUAGCUUCUUCCCAUGUAAAUUUUGUUCAAAAGUAUUUUGCAAGGAGUUAGGACUCAAGAAUCACAUGAACUUUCAUGCCGGUGCCUUUAAGUGUUUCUCAUGUGGUAAAAAUUUUUCACUUAAAAAUGCCCUUGAUAAUCACCAAUGCAGUAGAAUUCUGGAUGUAACGCUGAGUUUCUCCGAUGGUGAAACAGAGGAACAUGUCAAAUCAACUAAACGUAAACUCUAUCGUUGUCCAGAGAUGGACUGUGAUGAAAAAUUCAAACAGCGCCAGUGCCUUAUAGAACAUCUCGAGGAACACAAAAAAGAGACUCAUCCUUGUAGUAUCUGUGAGAAAUCCUUUGAUCGAAAAGCUGACUUAGUCAUUCAUCAUUUACUGUGUUCAGCUGUAAAAACUGUUGAAGAAAAUGGUUUUAUCAAUUGUGAAACAUGUAACACACCGUUUUCAGAGCCACUUCUCUAUCAGAAGCAUUGUGAAGACCACAUCCUCCCAUUUAAGUGUAAUGUCUGUCAGAAGAGGUUUACUAAACCAAUUAACUCAAAUGAUCAUCCUUGCAUACAAGGAAAACCACUUCCUUGUUCAUUGUGUCCUCUGACAUUUAAGAAUACAGCUAUGUUAGAACGCCACCAGGUUAUUCACGCACCACCACAAUUUGAAUGUCCGGACUGCACGAAGAAAUUUUAUCGCAAAGACUACCUAAAUGAUCACAAUUGUUACCGACCAGAUGGCACUGUUGUUCGACGCAAGAUGCUGCACACGGGAGUCGUAGAAACUAGUCCUGUGACAAAUAUUUGCGACAUAUGUGGGAAAUCCUUUAUGAGUGUUGGUAACCUCAAUAAGCAUGUGAUCACUCAUGGUGAGCGGAAAUUUCCAUGCAAGAUUUGCCAUAAGAGGUUUCACCUGUCCAUCAACCUUGUGUACCAUAUGAGAGGUGUGCAUACCAACAAGAAAAACUACCAAUGCUAUGAGUGUGGUAAAGGUAUGAAAACCAAGAAUGCUUUAAUGGCCCACAUAAAGAACUUCCAUUCUGAUACCAUAUUUUUCUUCCAGUGUCCAAAAUGUCCAAAAUCAUUCCGUCAGAAAGGCAACAUGCUUAAACAUCAAUUGACCCAUUCAGAUAAACGAAACUUUACUUGUCGGUUUUGCAACAAGACAUUCAAGUACCAAGAGCAGAUACAUCGCCAUGAAAUGGAACACACACAAGCUGACAAAUACAAGUGUUCUCAUUGUGAGAAGGCCUUCGCUCUUCCAUAUCAGCUAAGGCGUCAUGUUGUAUCUUACCACAGUGGCAUGAUGUUUGUAUGUGAGUUCUGUCACAUUGAAUGCCGUCACUAUCACACAAUGAGACGGCAUAUCCAGCGCAAGCACGCGAACGUCAAGUUCAGCAACCUGGGGGAGUAUAUCAAUAGUCUCAGGCAGGUCAGUGGAAACCCUAGAUCUGUGUUACGCUCCAGUGAUGAGGCUGGAAGAUCUAAUAUAAUGACAGCCCUAACACUCCCUGCUGGAUCUGCAAAUAACCUUAUACUGGGCAGAGAUGAUGCAAACCAGUCAGGCAAACAAGGCCUAAUAGAUGCAACAGAUGCUCUACAAACACUGUCUAACCUAGCUACAUGUGAAGGGGGAGCUAAUACUACUACAUUACUACAAGAUAUACAGCAACACAUAGCUAGCGGAGGCUCUGUCCAGAAUGUACCUGUAUCUUUAGAUGGCGGGAACCAAGGCUAUAUAUUGGUAUAUGGAGACCCCAAUGAUGAGUCUGGGGGUGCCACAGUUUAUCAAAGAUUAGGUAUAGAGGGACAAAACCCGGGGGAGAUCACUGUCAUAGGGGAUGGACAAACCAUGGAAAAUGUCCAGAUGAGUGGUGUAGUGCCCAGUGAGCAGAUUCAGGAAGGAACUGUCAUAGAUGAUAAUCAGAUAAGUGAGUCUGAUGCUACCCUGACUCUACCUGAUGGCCGCACAAUAAAGUUUACUAAUGGCAUUGCAUCGACUGGUGAGAUCCUACUACCUAAUCAAAACAUAACUAAUACAAAUGAAGUGAUGAUACCAGAGCAGGCCAUUUACCAGGUGCAAACCGUGGAAGGGGAGCAGAUGGGAGCCAUAGAGGUGAAUGUUGACCAAUUAGCCAUUGAAGAGGAGAUUGUUAAACAAGAUGAUGAGCAAGCUGAAAAUGUGAAGGAAGAUUCAGAGAUGGGAGAUGAAGCAAGUGAAGAAGUUGAGAUGAUGGAGAAUAUUGAAACUUCUGAACCAUUAGAGGAAAGGACUGUGGUCAAGAAGGGUCAGGAAGUGCAAGCACUGCAGAUUCUUACAGACAGUAGGCUUAAUAGCUAGAUUUGACUGUGAUAGAACAGCAUUGUAAUAAAGUAGACUUAAAAUCAAAAGAAGUAGGUGAUAUAGAGUGUGAAAUAAUAGAAGCAGUCUUUUAAAAGAGAAUGGCAAUGUUACCUUUACAAUUCUUAAUUUAUUUUCUGAAAAAUGGAGAUAUCUGUUCAAAUUAAAAGUGAUUUAAGGUACAGAAAUGCCGAAAAUAUGAUUUGAAAACUGGCGUCCCCUUUUCAAAACUAUUGCCAGAUUAUCUUCAAAAUCAAAUGGCUUUUCUGAAAUAUAAUCGGAACCAUUGGACUUUUUUUUGAAAACAGACAAUAGAUUCAAUGAGAAAAAAAUUGCAACAGUUUGACAAUAUUUUCCGAAACUUACUCUAAGUUGUCUUUCCAAUCUACUUCCUUAGAUGUCUCACCACACCUCCUUUCUCUUCAUAACAAAAAAGGGCGUUGAAAGUCCUGAGAUUUGACGUCACAUUACAUAAAUACUUCUACGGAGACUUACUAUCAAGAAUUUUAGUUACACUGUCCAUUUUUGAAAAACAAUGAUUUGAUUUUUCAUAAUAAUUAAAACUACUACUGUAAUAUGCUAUAUGUAUAUUUGCCAUUUGUACCAGUCUGUUUAUCUCAGGUAUAUUGUGAAGAUUGUCAAUAAUAUGUACAUAAGACAUGUAAAAAGUAUUUCAGUCAGAGGAUUGUGUAUUACUUGUAUUUACAGGGAGGGCAAAAAACAUUCAUAUUUUUAUUUUGCUACGUUUUCAUAAUGCAUGGAUUCCAAAAAUAGUUUCACUCGAGAUGCAAUAGUCAGUUAUACUGUAUAUUUGAACUCAGACGCCUAAUUUCCCCCUUAGUGAGAAACUGCCCCUGGGAUAAUGGUAAAAAUAUUUCACACAUCUCUAGCAACAAAAAUAUUUUUGAAAUCCAUAGAUUAUUGGAAGUUUGAUCCCCAAAUGGAAAAUAUGAACGUUUUUGCCAAACCUGUAGAUUGUUACUGAAACAUGCAUUUUAUAGAUUUAUAUAUGUACAUAAUAACAUGCAUGUCAUUUGAUUUAUCUACAUAUAUAUGUAUAUAUGUAUAAGACAAACUAUCCAUUUCCUUGCUGUGUGUUUGGAACAUUUAGUUUUACCAGUUCCAAUGUUGUAAAUUGAUUUUCAUUUGAAACUGAUAUAUAUUAUAUUUUAUAUCCUUAUUCUGUUGGGUAGGCUAUGUUUAUAUGUCAGUGUGUGUUUCAAUAGAUCACACAUUAAAGGAGCUUUGCAAGUCUGCAGUGGAAUUUACCAGUUUCUCGCUUCUUUAUCCAAUGGACGAAUGAAUACUUGUACACACCUCCAAUGUUAACCAGUCUGAGAUCUUUUGUCA